UAGAUUUUGACCACAAUCUGUAGUUGCUAGCUUGAAAGCAAACACUGCAGUCAUGGCGACGAAGUUAUUCCUAAUUUUACCAUUUAUAACUUUAUUAAUACCGUCAGGUUUCGCCCAGUGUAAUAAAGAGAAGGCGUUACCGUAUUUCCGUCGGUCUGUCUACGAGUUUUCGUUGAAUUUGAUCAGUAGGAUAGCGCAGGAGAAUGAGAAUCAUUUUGUCGCGUCUGGCUUGUCUCCUUGGACGCUACUCUCGGCUGUAUCGCUGGGCGCCGCUGACGACACCUUGGAUGAAAUUAGGCAGGUCCUAAGACUGCAUCGCCACAAAUGCUUCAACUCGAAGUUCUUCGAGUUGGCUCAGGAUCUGACAGCCGGUGACGAGGACACCGUCCUGGAACGAAGCUCAACCUGUUUCGUGGACAACCGGUUGCCUCUGAACCAGGUGUUCAGAGAUAGAAUCAAGAAGACCAAAAUCACGGGUCUGGAGGAGUUACAAUUCGACGACUUCACAGUUGUUGCUAACACAAUCAACAACUACGUCAGCGCCGCAACUCACGGUAACAUCAACGAAAUCGUAGAACCAGCUGAACUGCAAGGGGUUUACAUAAUCCUCAUAGAUGCCUUAUUCUUCAAAGGCGCUUGGAAGCAUCAAUUCUCACCAGAAGAGACGGAAUACAGCGCUUUUUAUGACGAAAGGGGCAAUCAAAUCGGCGACGUCCAACUGAUGUUUAGAAAUCAUAAAGUUAAUUACACCUACGUCAACCAAAUUGGUGCUUCUGCUCUUGAGCUGCCCUAUGGGACCAACGAUAGGUUCUCAAUGUUGCUCUUACUGCCUCAACAAGGAAACACUGUAUCCUCCGUCCUUGACAACAUGAAGAGCAUAACCCUAUCAACCAUCUUCAAGUUAUUCGAGCAAACUGGCCUUGAGAACGUCGUCAUCCAAAUCCCUCGCUUCACAAUAACUUCAGAAUUAAAUAACAUGAAGGAAUGGCUAACAGAUAUGGGUUUGAAGACAAUGUUCGAUAGUAACCUGGCAAAGUUCCCUGAUAUAUCGGAUUAUAGUUUGUAUAUAUCGGAAAUUGUGCAGAAGGCUACUGUGACGGUGAAUGAGGAAGGUACGGAAGCCAGUGUGGUUACUGCUGCGGAGUUUGAAGGCAGAUCGAUGUCUCCUCAAUUCACCGCUAACAGGCCGUUCCUGUUCAUGAUUGUGGAUAAGCAGCUGGAGUUGGCGUUAUUUACUGGAGCUUAUUCUAAGCCUAGUGCUAUAUAAAUACAUGACUAAAUUAAACCAGUCUUUUUUAAUAUAAAAUAAGAAGAAAAUAAAUGUAUUGCCAGUAACAGUUUA